GGCUCAACGUAGCGGCAUGGCGGCUUAUAUCACCGCUCAAGCUCGGGAUAGCGUAGUUGAUCAUAGUGGUUUCGUGUUCAAAGAGGGAUGGAUAUUCGGAACAGGUCCUGCUUAUCUAGGAAGAGCAUAUAAACCUUAUGCCAGAGUAUUGUUUUACCGCACGAGGAUGUCGGGUAUCAUCGUACCACAGGGUUGGUCAGCGUGGAAUUAUGUUAAGAAAGAAAAUAGUAUAGUUUAUGCAGAAGUAGAUUGUACAGGAGCAGGGGCAAACAAGUCGAAGCGUGUGGCAUGGGAGAAGAAGCUGUCGUCUAAGGAUUUGAGCUAUUUAUUAGAUAUCAACACUUUCAUAAACAAUGGAGGCUGGAUCCAAAGACAACCUAAGAGAGGCUCUUAAACAUGUUUUUUUUUUUUUCCUUCUCUUAUAACACAUGUUGCUUAGACGUUUUGGUUUGUUAGCUAAUUUUGUUGGAGUUCAAAUUUUUUUCUUCCUUUUUUAAAGUUUUGUUUCGAAUAAAAUGUUGAUGAAUCUAAA